GUGAACCUUUACGAAUUCUGGAUCACCACCACAAAUCGCUCGAUACUGUCGGCAACGUUGACCUGGUCAAUGCUUGUCUGGAGGAUGAUGCUACAGUUGUCAUACCUUUAGAGUCCACACUACACCAAACGACCUCCAGACCUAACCAGGAUCAUGCCACCACUCCUUCACCCGAAAUCGCGAAUGACAUCGUCGCUCUUCGCAACGACAGUCGCCGCAUGCUUUCUAGUCGUCACGAUUCCGCAUUUGCUUCCUUGCCCCGUACCCCGGGCCCGCUUCGCCGAUGGAGAUGUUAUGGUUGACGAGAAUGGCCGACGAAUGAGAUGGAAGAGGAAGGAUGCCAAUCCCAAAGUCGAGGAUGGGAUUGUACAAUUUAACGAUGUGGCGAGCGACGAGGCAGAGAACGCACAAGAUAGAGCAAGGAGGGAAUGCCCACUGCCGAAGCCGGGAGGUAUGCUGGGCGAGUGGUUGGGAUUUCACAAGAGCGACAAGGAGACUGGACGAUGACCGGCAAAGAAUGAGCUGAAUGACCUCAAACCUGUAUAUUGAGCGUGGUAGCUCCCUUGGUACGCACCUGGAUGCUUGAAUGGCACACAGGGCGGCUCCCAUGGGUUCUGUCUGAUAUGAACUCCGCUGUGAUCCUACAAAACAUGGGGAAACCAUUGAAACGGAUUGAUAGAAGAGUGCGGUUCUUGGAGAACGGGAGUAACUGUCACUGAAGGAUGAUAUCCCUCCUCGAAUCCCAGGCCCUAGAGGACAACCUUUGUUGAAACAUACCUUAGCUAUGCCUACCCAAGAGCCAUGAAUCAGAAAUGGCAAGGGGGAUGAAAAAUCAUAAUUAGCUACUCGUCAUACUGCAUCAGUUUACCAGAUAGCCAGGAUGUUCCACUUGGUUGAGAAAGUAGUUGUGGAAUGGC